UUUUACAUUUUUAUAAUCUUCUUCUUAUUCUUAUAUAGGGGGAUCCACCAAUAAUUGAGACAUUCGAAGAAGAAGAAGAUCAAAUAAAUGACAAAUUGGUUCAAUUUCCCUUCGUUUGAAGUAGUACAUAACACGCUAGCCCAAUUUAUUAAAAAUAUAUCUCAAUGGAAGGACGAGGAAGAGGAAGAUAAUAUCCUAAUUCACGGCAGCCACGAUCAUCCACUUACCCUUGAGUUUGAUUUAAGCAAUAUUACAAACUUUAGUGACUAUCAUGAAGUGAUCUGCAAUGGGUGCAUUCUUCCUCUAUUUAUGAAUGAUGCACCCUUUUAUAGUUGCAACCGGUGCGAUUUCUUUUUACACAAAUGGUGUGCUAAAUUGCCGUGUGAGUUAAAGCCGCACCCGGAUACGGAUCACACAGACACAGAACACACACUAACCCUACAAGUAAGGAUGAAAGAAUGCUUUGGCUUCUUUUCAUGCAAAGGUUGUCAGAGGGUCGGGAAUGGGUUUGCCUACAAAUGCAAAGAAUGCAAAGGAUACUACUUGGACGUUAUAUGCGCUGCACUUCCUAGACGAGUCAAUCACGAGACUCACAAACACCCUCUUCAUCUCAAGUAUGGGAGAACCAUCGGAGGUUGCUUCUCAUGUGGUGAAACCAAUUUCUUUGAUGAUAGGAUUUAUAACCAUAGCUCUACCAUCUCAUCGUGUCCAACCUCCUUCACAUUUGGUUGUGAUAGAUGUCAUUUUAGCAUUCAUCCCAGUUGUUUGCUAUUGCCACAAGAAAUUGUUCAUUGGUAUGACGAACAUGGAUUCAAAUUGAUAGAUCCAGAUAUUUUCAUCAGUAAUGAUAAUCAAGGUGCAUCAGAGUAUCAUUGUGAAUUUUGUGAGGAGAAAAUAGAUCCAAAAAGAUUGAUGUACCACUGUUUUGAAUGUGACCAAUGUGUUGAUGCUUAUUGUGUGAAUGGGUUGUUGAGUCAAUUUGCAAAACCUGUCAAGUUUGACGGACUCUAUGAUUCUCAGCUUCAUAAAAAACAUCCUCUAACCUGCAUUUUACCUGGCGAGGAAUUUAAUUGUAAUGGUUGCAAAGAAGAAUGGCCAAUCAUGUGUAGGAUGUUUGGAAUUGGCUUUGAAUUUACAGAAUGCCAAAUUAGGUUUGGUCUGAUAUGUUUUAUUUCAAAGGGAUCUUUGGAUCACGAAAAAGAAUCGUAUGAUCAAGAUCGGGAUUUAUUAGUAAAAUCUAUAUGA